GUCAUGAGUAUGUAUGACUUAUCCGUUCAUGGCCUCAUGCUUAAAAUAAUCUUAUUGUUAGGCAAUUGGAGUGUGUUCAGAUGAUGCUGGUAAAAUUAAAGAAGUAGGUAGUUUGUGAAUCUUGGAAGACAGAGAAAUUGUGAGAUUUGUGCUCUUCAGGAAGUGAAAUCAAGAUGAUGCAGGGAAUUGAGCCGACCUCAACUGAUCUCUUCUUUAUUUUAAAAAGUGGAGAUCAAGGUUUUAAUGUCCCUGUAACUGAGGCUAGGAAACUUGCAAACAAGCUUGUCAAAGAAGAACAGGAAUUAAUCACCUUGCAGAAAAAUGGGCCAUGGUAUAAUGGAUUGCAGGGUGUUUGUUCUAACGAGAACGCGAUGCUGGUUCUUCCCUCCUUAAUUUUAGUUGGAGCCUAGAGUCUGCAAGUUGGAGUCUGGAUAUAUUACAACCUCAGACUAUAUAUAGCAAUUGGAACGAUUCAGUGACAGGUGACUUGAUGCCACAAACCACUUGCAUUAUAAAUUUGGAUGUAUGGU